GAAACCCCAACGUUGAAGAGAAAAUUCAGAUUCAGGCAUGUGGGGAUCAGAAUCCGAGCCAAGUUGAAAAGGGCCCUGAAGACGAUUUUAUACUGUUUUUGCUGUCGAAAAUUCUGCUUCAAACUACGACACGAGGGAAGCUGUGAGAAUUACGUCUUGAAGAGUUUUCUUGGGUUCAUGGGAGGAAUGGUGUUGACCUACAUCUUUUUCAUGUUUUUCGUGUUCCAACUCAACUUCAAAGUUGGUACCGCUACUAUAGUUUGUUCUGUAUUCGGGUGUUUUUUAGUGAAUGGACUGGCUUUCAGCUCCAAAGUUAGAUGUGUUGUGCUCCUUACGCUACCGCAUUUUUUUUCUGAAAAAGGAAGGCAGGCCCUUCUUGCCUAUGCCCUUGUUCUUGUCGUUACUGGCCCAGCUAAAAAUACAUUGAACAACGUGGGAAUUUUGAGUGAAUCCUUAGCUUGUGGACAGGAACAAUUGAAGAAUGCCGUCAAACAAAUAAUAGACGUGAUCAAGAAGCCUUUUUAUGCUCUCAAAGAUGCCAUAAAAAAAGUUGUCGAAACGGUGAAGAAGAUAGUGAAGAAAAUCAAGGAAAUUCUUUUGAAGAUCAAGAGAAUUAUAAUGGGAAUAAUUAAAAUCAUCAAGGCUGCCUUCGAAUUCUUGGCGAAAAUCAUCAGCAUAUGCAACAAAGAACUGGGCACUCCCUUCGAAAGAUGCUCGAGGGUUUUCGAAAAUGCCAUAGCCGAUUGCAACGCCAAGUUGGGUUCCAUGUUUAGUUGGCUGUGUUCGUUGGCCUACAUCGUUCAGUCGGUUUGCUAUUUGGUCAAAAUUUUCGAUCUAGUUUGCAUGGUCGUCGAUUUCAUCAGCGAUUCCAUUAUCGGAGUGGUCAUAAGAAAAGUCAAAGGAUUCGUAAGGCACAUUCGUACCAUGUUUUACGUCAGAAUAAAGUUUUCUCAUUCCUUCCAUUUCGAAACGAACUCUUCGAAGAGCAUAGCGGAAAUAUCUAAGGGGAUCGUCCACGAAAUCAAAGACAGAACGAGAACCAUCACAGCCAUUUUUCAGUUCCUGACUUCCGGCGCAGUCUUGUUUUUCGUGUUCAUGGUAGUCAGGGUCACCAUGUAUAGACACAAAUUUCUAACGAAGAACAGCUUCGACAACAAAUUUUUGAGCAAAGAUUUCCACGAUAUCGAUAUGAGGAGAGUCAAAAUCGACAAGGAGACCGUUCUGCCACUGAACGAUAGAGAAGCCAAAGUCUACGUGAAGAUCACUUCGUCAAAACUGGCGCAGCAAGAAAAGAAGGCUUUGUCUAAGGCCGUCAUGAAAUUGGCUACAAUCAAUUUGAAAGCGUUGCUGUACAUGGGUAUUGAUUACGCCCUGUAUUGGAUAUUGAAUCUGAUCAACUACUACGGUAGAUUCCAGUCCAAAGUUCAAGCUCCUAAUAUUCCCACUGCACACAUCAGUGGUAACGGGAUUUUGGCGGAUCUGUUGAAAAGUAUAGUUAAAGCGUUUCAACCAAUGGGGCUUCAACUUGAGAUCGAUACAGUACCUUGUCUACCUACUCCCAUACCUCCUGAUUACGAUAGAUAUCUCCAAAUAGGGACCUUAUUGAUACUAUGCUGGGUGUUAACACUUCUAGAACCGUAUGGUCUGCGUAUGAGAAACGUCAUAAUGAGCUACUACCAUCCCACCAGAGCCAAGCAAAGAUCCAUUUGGUUGUAUAACCACAUUUUGAGAUCGAGAAGCUCUUUUUUGAAAUUCGCCAGACGCCAAUUGAGAAGGAAAACUUUCGGUAGCAAAGACAUAGAGAAGGUUACCUGCAAAGAAUUUCUCUCGGCUCAUUUCAGGAUUUUUGCUGUGUGUUUCGAUAAACCCCAAAUAGCUUGUUUACUGUGCGGAACAGUUUUUCGGGAAAACGAUAGACAGAAACCGAUCAGAUGCCACACACCUGGCUGUGCUGGAAUUUAUUGCGAACAGUGUUUUGCAGAUUUGAGAAAUUUGUGCACAGUUUGUCUGUCUCCAAUCGAAUAUGGCGAUUUAUCAGAUCUCAGUGAGGAGAAAGAUUCUUCGGCAGACGAACAGCAAGUGCCCCGUGUGAAAAAACUCGUCAAACAGAAAACCAUCAAGCAACCAAAAAGAAGAAUGAAAACUAGUGAUGACUCGAGCCAAUAUCGUGAAAAACCUGCGAAAUGGUCACUCUUCAAGAGUUGUUCGAAAUCCGCCGAGGAAAGAGAACCCCACUUGCCCUUACAUAAAAAGAAUUUGGAGCAGAAGAGGAGAAAAUUGUGGUCGAUCUUUCCAAAAUGUUCCAAACAACCUUCUGAAGAAGAUAUAACGGAGUCUCAACCCAACAAAGUUGAAAUAUUGAAGCAACCUAGCAAAUCUCUUGCUACAGACGAACCAACAGAAAGUGUUCCUCUUCUCGAUGAAAUCAACCUUUCAGACUCCGAAACAGAUCGCAUCUCAGACUAUUUCAGUUCCACUGACGACACUUCUUCUACCACCACAUCGACAGACUAUUCAUACUCCUACCAAUUCGACAAGAAUAGGGAAGAACCUCCCCCGCCCUUGGAAAUCUUCUCCAGAGACAUCGAAAAACAAGCCACCCUUGACUAUGCGAGCAUGGAUAGCUUCCGAGAGGAACCGCCAACCGUUCCUGACAGCGCUCAACCAACACAGUCCACAGAUACGAAAGGUACACAACCUCAACAAUCCAUAGGCACGGUCAUUUCAGGCGAGACAAUCAACCUGUCGAAAGCUGAGAGACACGUUGAAUUUGUGGGCGCCAAGAAAGAAGACGGUAUGAAGAAGAAGACCAAGCGAAGAAAAAAGAAGAAGAAAGUACCCGAGUCGAUACUGUGUCAUUGUUUCGACACGGACAAUGAAGAUGGCAUCGAAUACUUCGAGGAAACAUCUCUGAUAACGUUGCCGAGGAACUCUGCCACGAACGCCGACGCUGUGUUCUGUACGUGCAAACGGCCAAUGAAAAGAAAAAUGAGAGAGUUGAGCGACAGCGGUUCUUCUUCUUUUCCGGCGAGUUCUAGCGAUUAUCUGUCUUCUUCUAGCGAAGUUUCAUCGUUGAGUGGCUUGAGGGAUUUUGCUAAGAUGGAACAGGAGAAGGACAGAUUGGGGGAGGAAAUGGAGUUGAUUCAUUUGACUGAUAGGCAGGAAUAUCAUGGGGGGAAUGACGAAGAGGAGAAAAAGCCGGGUAGGCUGAAGAUGUUGGUGAGGCGAGUAAUACCAAAGUUCAAGAUGCAAAGUGAAAAAUGACUCCUAGUAUAGGUAUUCGAUUUGGACAACCGUCAACAAGGCAUGCUGAUGAGAAAAACAAAAAGUAUUGAAUGAAAGAUGAUACAUAUAGGAACAUCGAUUUGAGACAGUGAAUAAGUAUAUAUGUAUUGUAUUUUAAGGUGAUUAUCAUUCGUUUUAUUUCGUGUAAUUUUUAACUCAAUUGCUUGUGUCAAUACAAAAAUAAUAAAUAUUGUCAUUUUCUCGUUGAA